AUGUCGUCGUCGUCCAACAUAUCGUUUUCGAUCACCGAAGCUCUCCAGGAGCACACCUCUAUCUUCGGGAUCAGGCUGUGGAUCGUAAUCCUCUCUGUGCUCUUCAUUCUCUUUCUCAUCCUCACCUUCCUCUACUUCUGCAUCCCCUUCUUCCAUUGCUGCCCCCACAGAGAACCCUACCAGUCACGACAUCGCCUCUCCAACUCCUUGCUUCGAAGGCCAUUCAAUGCCUCAGAGUUAGAGAGGGACUUCUCGCCAGGGAAGCAGGGGAUGGAGUUGGAGGCCAUGUGGUCUGCUCACAAGGGUGGACCUCCUGGUGUGAGCUUUAUGGGUGAUGUGGAGGCGUUUGGGUUCCAACUGCCGUUGGCUAAUGUGGGAAGAACUCGGUUUUCGGCGCAUGAGAUUGAGGCGGCAACAAAUACGUAUGGUACAAGGAACUUGAUCGGGUACGGAGAGAGCAGUGUUGUUUAUCAUGGGGUUCUGUUCAAUGGCGCGAGAGUAGCAGUGAAGAGAUUGCUCAAUAACAGUUACGAGGAUGAUGAGGAACUGAAGUUAGAAUUGGACGCCAUCACAAACAUCACACACAAGAAUCUCGUGAAGCUGCUCGGGUACUGCCUCGAGGGAGAAGACAGGAUGCUUGUAUACGAGUACAUUGAUAACGGUAGCCUAAACCGGUGGCUUCACAUACGUGAUGUGGAAGCCAGCGCUCUGACAUGGGAUCGGAGGAUGACUAUAAUCCGAGGAACAGCCAAAGGACUGGCUUACCUUCAGGAGGAUCUUCUCCCAGGAAUCGUCCAUGGUAACAUAAAAUCGAGUAACAUUGUGCUCGACCAGCAGUGGAAUCCUAAGAUCUCCGAUAUCGGUUCAGCUCUGCUAUUCAAUUCUGGGUGGAGUCCCAGAACGCCUCUCCAGCCAAGUCAUCAAGCAUCAGAAACAGCUUUUGGAGAGAUUUCGGCCGAGAAGAGUACCGAUGUCUAUUGCUUUGGGAUACUGGUCAUGGAGAUAGUAACUGGAAGGCUUCCGGUAGAUGAGAGCCAACCUCAAGCAGUGUAUUUGAUCGAUUCUGUGAAGUCCAUGAUUGCGAAUCAAGAGAUUCCACAUUUGCUGGACCCCCGGAUCCCUGAGAUGCCGCCUCUGAAAGACCUCAAGUGGAUACUUCUGAUUGCGAUGAUGUGCGUCGACCCGGAUCUAGCUCAGAGGCCUAAGAUUGGUCAUGUGGUCCGGAUGCUCGAGACACCGAGCUUAGCACUACUCAAAGAUAUAAGCAUAUAAUGCCUUUUUUGGAUGAUAACUAGCUUCAAU